AUGUCGCCUCUAACUGACAUUGGGCCACUGGGCCUACAACAUCAAUAUUACCUGCUCGUCGCGGCCGUCGCUGUCGCCGCCUUAGGUCUCGCCUACAAUGUGUUGCGGAACCCUCUGGCGAAAAUACCUGGCCCGUGGUACUCGGCGAUCACAAGUGCUGUCCUGACGAACGAGUGGCUGAAAGGCAGACGGUCGAAAUAUGUCCAUCGUCUCCAUGAAAGAUACGGCCCCAUCGUUCGAAUCUCCCCAAACGAGGUCGAUGUCAUGGACGUGACUGCGGUCAAGGAGAUUCACACCGUUAAGGAGAGGUACCUCAAGGCUCCCUUCUACAGGGCCAUUACCGCUCCUGGGGUUCAGAACGUCUUUAAUACCUCGGACAUAUACUUCCAUCGAAGGCAUCGAAGGCUUCUCCAAGCGCCAUUCUCAGACGCGUCACUUCAGACCUUCCAGCCCGGAAUCGAGUCGCGAAUCAGAUUGACCAUGCAGCGGAUGGCUGAGGAGACAGAGUCCCGCGGAGCAGCCGACGUCUUCAAGUGGUGGAUGUUCAUGGCAACGGACAUCAUCGGUGAGCUCACGUUUGGCGAGUCUUUCCGCAUGUUGGAGCAGGGAAGGAAAAGCGAAUACAUCGAGAACCUCGAGAAAAUCGCUGCAGUGUCUGCACAGAGAGCCUCGUUUCCCACCUUGGCCAGGCUCGCCUUCCAAGGAUAUCCUAUCCCUGGCUUCAAUGAGAAUACCAACCUCGUGAAAAGCAUUCGGAUAUACGCAACUGAGUCGCUUAAUCGGUACAGGAGACUCGUAGAAGAGAAUUCUGAUAAGCCUUUCCCGACAUUGUUCACCCGGCUGUUCAAGGGAGAGGAGGACGAGGACUUGACGUUCAAAGAGAUCGUCGACGAAGCCCAGACCUAUAUAAUUGCCGGCACCGAUACCACCGCGAUCACACUCACCUACACAGUCUGGCGUGUCUGCCAGAACCCAAUGAUCCGGAAAAGACUGGUCGAGGAACUCCAACAACUGCCAGAAGAAUUCGGAGACCACGAUGCCCUCAAGUUGCCUUAUCUGAACCAAGUCAUCGAGGAGGCUCUGCGCCUCCACGGCGCGGCACCGUCGGGACUGCCUCGCGUAGUCCCGCCAGAGGGCGCAACAUUGGCUGGGAAAUAUAUCCCUGGGGGGACUAUUGUCUGCACUCAAGCUUGGAGCCUGCAUCGAAUGCCGGACAUUUUCCCAGACCCUGAGCGGUUCGACCCGGACAGGUGGGGUGCUCCCACUAAGUCCAUGAGGGACGCAUCCAUGCCAUUCGGUGGCGGCUCUCGAGUUUGUCUCGGCCUCCACCUUGCUCGCAUGGAGCUUAGGCUGGGAAUCGCCCACUUCUUCCGCCACUUCCCGAACGCGAAAAUGUCUGCGCUGGAAGCCAUGUGCGACGAUGAUAUGCAGCAGAUCACCUACUUCCUCGCUCCCCCAAAGAACAAGAGAUGCUUGAUCGAGUGCUCUUGAAAGUCAAGACAAUAUGGUAACCCGGCAUCAUCUUUGCAUUACUUUGGAGCAAAAGAGUCCAAGGGAAAU